CACUUAAAUAAGUAUUUAAACACAGCAUUUAAUUCAACUUAAUUUAGUUUCAUGUUCAAUUAAAAAUAAACAUGGCAAUUUUGCAAUUAUUUGCGAUCUUUUUGGUCGCGAUUACCGUGUCGCCGACAUGCGCCGCUGAUGCGGACGGCAUUUAUAAGAUUGGGGUCGGAAUUGGGGAUGUUACUGGACCUCCGGCAGGAGUUGUACUGAACGGAUAUGUCAACCCGUUUGUCAACGCGGCCGGAAUUUUCACGCGUCAAUACGCCCGUGCUUUCGUGGUGCAGUCGAUCGACACUGGAAACACGGUGACCUACGUGACCUGCGACAUGGGGAUGAUGGACCACACCAUCAAAUCCGAAGUGAUCGCUCGACUCGGGGCGAAAUACGGGGCGGAAAUGUUCUCCGAAAAAAAUGUCAUGAUCAGCGCGACCCACACGCAUUCCGGAGUGUCUGGAUUCAUGACUUUUUAUGCUUAUCUGCUUAUCGAGUCGUAUGGAUUUAAUCCGAUUACUUAUUGGGCGACCGUGGACGGAAUAACGGAGGCGAUUUCCUCCGCCGCCGAUUCCCUCGUGGACGGACGCUUAUCUUGGAACCGUGGCGAGCUCCUCAACUCGAACGGUAACCGAGCCUUGGAUGCCUACAUGAACAACCCGGAAGCGGAAAGGAACGCUUAUCAGCAUGACGUCGAUAAGGACAUGGUUCUCUUUAAACUCACCGCCGUCGAGGGGGACGAGCCCAUCGGAGCCUUCACCUGGUGGCCCGUGCAUCCCAUCACGUUCAACGGGGGGGAUAAUCCUCUCGUCACAUCCGACAGCAAGGGUUAUGCUGCACUACUUUUUGACUACGAAAUGAAUCCUGGCUCACUUCCGGGGAAAGGUAAAUUUGUCUCGGGUUUCGGAUCGAGCAAUCUGGGCGACGUUUCGACACGAUAUGAUGAAGAGGAGAUAAGCCCAAAAUGGGACUUUACCAAUGAAAUUGCGAGAUGCCGCUUCGCAGGAGAACGCCAAUUCAACAAAGCUUUCGAACUAUUCAAUGACGAUACGAACCUUAACCCAAUUUCCGGUCCUAUCCGCUCCAUCCACACGUGGGUCAACACGACCACGGUCAAGGUCACACAUAUCAACGAAACCUCAGGUGAAGUGCGACAAAACGUGGGCCUUUGUGGGGCCGCGCUGGGCCUCGCGUAUCUCGGCCUGGAUCCCGAACAGUGGGAACUUUGGGAAGCGAUUCGUGACUUCAUUAAAGUCCCGUCCGAUGAAAUGAUUGAAUGUCAAAGCCCGAAACUUGUCGCUCUUCCAGGCGGCGAAAUGAACGAACCGUGGCCCUGGGCGCCAGAUACGUUUUCCUUGCAGCUACUACAACUCGGUUCCUUCGACGUGGCGUCACUUCCUGGCGAAUUCACCACGAUGGCGGGUCGUCGCGUGCGAAACGCCAUUUUCAACGUUACCGGACAUGAAGUCGUGUUGGCGGGAUUGGCGAACAUUUACAUAAAUUACGUCACCACACCGGAAGAGUAUGACGUGCAAGAGUACGAAGGCGGGGCAACGCUGUAUGGACGAAAUACCGUCCCAGUGACGACCGCCAUCUACACGGAGAUGGCGGAAGCGUUGCAAAAUGGGGACGCAUAUCCCCCCGGAGUCGCGCCGCCAUCAUUUUUGGACAACGUUCGUGACACGAUAGCCUCCUGGGCGGAUCCAAAUCCCAUGAAUGGAGCUUGGUUUGGCGACUUGCUUAUCGACGUGGACGAUUCAAGAGAGUAUGUUCCAGGUGACGAAGUGGACGCCGUUUUUGCGGGUGGUUCUCCAAGAAAUUCGCCCCUUCGAGGAGGAUCUUUCCUCUCGGUUGAGAAACGGAAUGACGCCACGGGAGCGUGGACCAUUGUCAGGACGGAUUCGGACGUUGACACUUUAUUUUACUGGAACAUCUUACAACGCCGAAUCGAACUGCGAUGGAUUAUCCCAACCGGCGUGGAAGCGGGAACUUAUCGUUUGAGGCACUUCGGAUAUUAUCGACAAGCGGAGGAUGGCCCAUUAAAUCCGUAUAUUGGAUCCUCCUCCCCUUUCCGGGUGGCAAGUGGGUAGACAAAUUAAUGAGGAUGAAAAUUUCGGCAAUUUUCACUACCAAAUUAAAAUUUCAUUGUUAUGAAAUGAAAAUAAACCAAUCAGUUUCUCGAAAUUAAAAAAAUA